AUUCAAAACAAGAUGACAGUCGAAUAACAAUUUAUUUCAAAACAACAUAUAGAAAUAGGCAGUUGUUGGUGUAAGAAAGAAAACUUCUGUUUGAUAAGAUCACCUAAUCAGUCCCGUGACGGGACUCCCGUCACUUUUCAGUAAAAAAAAGUUCACCAGCUCAAUUAAUUUAACAAGUAUUGUGAUUGUUUUAAACCUUUAUAAAAAUUAAGAAUGGAUGCGGCAAGUCUAUUAGAAGAAGUGAGUCCGGAAAUUGAACAUUUGGUUCGAGAAGCCCUACAAUCGCAGGGCGAUCUCAGAGAAUAUUCGAAAAAUAUUGAAAAAGAGUUAAGAGAGGCUGAGAACGAGGCCAUUAAGGACUAUAUACAUGAAAGCGUCAACAUCGCCAACCUCCACAAUCAGAUUGGCGACUGCGACAAAAUUCUGGAAGACAUGGAGAAAAUGCUUCUUGGAUUCCAAGGCGAGCUUGGAUCUCUAAGUAGUGAAAUCGAGACAUUACAGAAACAGUCGAUAAGCAUGAGUGUCCAACUUUGCAACAGACAAGCCGUUCGUGGAGAGCUCUCUUCGUUUGUGGACGACAUGGUGGUUUCUGACACGCUGAUUAGAACAAUUUUAGAUACACCUGCCACAGAGCCAAUUUUUACAGACCAGUUGAAAAUUUUAGGUCAAAAGGCACAAUUUGUAAAUUCAGUGAGGGACACUAAAGCUGCAAAAGAUGUGGCUGAUGUCAUUGAAAAAUUGACAGUUCGUGCAACAGCAAAAGUUCGAGAAUAUUUAUUACAGCAGACGUAUAAAUUUAGAAAACCUGUGACCAAUUAUCAAAUUCCACAAAAUGGUCUUUUAAAACAUAAGUUCUUCUUUGAGUUCCUCCUAAAGAAUGAACGCCAAGUGGCUAAAGAAAUCAAAGACGAGUAUAUUGACACCAUGAGCAAAGUAUACUACUCAUACUUCAAAACCUAUGCAGCCAGACUUGCGAAAAAGCAGACUUCAGAAACUGCGACCAAGGAUCAUGUCCUCGCUGCGGCAGAGGAAGUCAAAGGAAAAAAUCCACUAUUCUCUUUGGGCAGCAGAGCAGAUUUGUUGAACGAUUUGGAAGCACCAGCACUAGUUCCACAUGCUUGGAAUGGACCUCCUCUUCCAUAUGAAGCUUUAUUCAGAUCUCUCAUUUUUACUUUAGUGGACAAUGCUUGCCGUGAAUAUUUGUUUUUGGGAGAUUUCUUUAUGGUUAAGACCACAAUUUUAAUGGAUUUGUUCCACCAAGUCAUGGGGAAAACUCUUGGACAGCUAUUGAGUGUCGUUGACGAAGGCACUUCGAACAGUUGGGAUGGGAUCGGUCUGCUCUUAUGUGCACAUAUCGUAUUAAGGCUACAAAUGGUAACCCACAAAAGAGCUGUUCCAGCUCUGGACCACUUAUUCAGUGCUGCAUUGGAUUACAUAUGGCCUGCAUUUGACAGAGCUUUAAGUGCCAACGCAUUCUCAUUAAAGGGAUGUGAAACAAUGCCAACAGACUUGAUGCCUCACUAUAUAACUCGUCGAUAUGCAGAAUUAAGUAGCGGACUAGCAGUUAUUGACGCAGGGUUUCCACAAGAAAGAGUGAGAAAGUCAUUACUUUGGUUGGCUGAGGAGAUGGAACCCAAUUUGAUUAGAAUGGCCAGCGCUUUUCAAGAGCGAUCUAAGCAAUUAGUAUUUUUAAUCAACAAUUUUGAUUUGAUACUCUCAGUUCAUAUGGAAAAGGGGCAAGAGCCAAAGGAAAGUGACAGAUUUCGUGUGUCGUUGAACAAAAAAACUGCAGAAUAUGCAGAGGAAACACUAUCCCCCCACUUUGGAACUUUAAUACAAUUUGUCAGGGAGGCUGAAAACAUGAUUCAAGGCAAUCAUUCACAGCUAUUAGCAAAGGAAGAAGCUCGUGUUUCUGCAAUCAUUAUUAAUUUUGGUGCUACCUGGAAGCAAGCUAUAGAUUCUGUUAACAGAGAAGUCAUGUCAUCCUUUCCAAGUUUUCGAACAGGAGCAACCGUUCUUCAACAAGCAUUAACACUGUUAAUUCAGUAUUAUCAUAGAUUUCAAAAGAUUUUAGCGGACCAUAUGCCUUCAUUGACAAGUAGACAAGAUUUGGUUAACAUUCAUCAACUAAUGGUUGAAGUUAAAAAGUAUAAACCGAACUUUUAAUAAAAAAUAAAAGACGAGUAAUUUGCUCGAAACUCAA